AAGUACAUUUAUAGGCGGAAAGUCGGAGACUAUCGUAUUAAGAUAGAUUUGUUCGCUAUAGCUGAAGAUGCUGGUUGGUUAUUAUACGGUGUUGCGAGUCUUCAUCUGUAAAGUGACGUAUUUCAGUUAGAUGAACGUUAUUCGCGGUUAUAUACUCAGUUCCUGUUUGCAGCAUUAGCCAGUUUUAACUAAUAGCACCGCUGUGAUGGAUCAAUGUGCAGACCAAGACGGCGAUCCGGUCCAGACCCGGCGCAGUAAGACUCUCAUCAUACGGCACCUUCCUUCGGAGCUGAGCCGGGACGAAAAGGAGGAUUUGCUGAGAUACUUUGGGGCGGUGUCAGUGAGAGUCUUCUCCGAUAGGGGACUGCUGAAACACACCGCCUUUGCCAGCUUCGCCAGCGAGAAGUCCGCAGCCAAGGCUCUCGGCAGGCUCCACCAGCUGAAAAUCCUGAAUCACACGCUGGUCGUACAGUUUGCGAAGGACCAGGACGCCGUCACCGUGCUGAAAAACCCCCCAGUUUCGGACAGCUUAACUAAGGAGAAGGAUGUGAAGGAGAAGAAAGACGGACAGCAGCCCAGCGCUCCGUUAAUAGAAACCGGAGCGGCCCCCAGCCUUGGGCUGAAAUUCCAGGUCAAUCCCUCACUGAAGUAUCUGUACCCACCUCCAUCAGGCAGGAUUCUGACCAACAUCACGCAUGCCCUCGUCAGUGUGCCCAAGUUUUAUGUCCAAGUUCUUCACCUGAUGAACAAGAUGAAUCUACUGUGUCCUUUUGGAGCCAUAACUGCCGCCCCCCCUUUGUAUGAGAGCGUUCCUGUGCAGCCGCCACCCAUGCCCCCACUGCCCCCCGAGUACCCUCCCCUGCCGGAGGAGGAGAUGGAGUUUUCCAGCGAGGAGGAGUCCGAGUAUGAGAGUGAGGAUGGGGAGGAGAAGGAGAGGAUGGUCAGGAUGAUGGGCAUCGUGAACCAACAGUGCAAACGGCUCCUGAGGACGAAACGAUCUUCCACGAGGAAGAAACCCAAGCUGAAGGACCUCCUGUUUGCGCCCAAAGCAGACACACCCAGUGGCCACGCCCCCGCUCUGCAGCCCUCGGACGUGUUCGAGCAGGCCCAGGCCCUCAGCCAGAAGAAGAUCGAGUUCCACAUCUCCGCUGACGUUUCGGAGCUCCUGGAAAGAGGAGCUGCGGCCCCGGCAGAGGAGCCCGAGGGGCCCGAAGUUGUUGUGGAAGAGGAGACCUUGACCUUGGAGCAGCCGGCUGACGGCUUCGGGAAGAUCUACCCAGUGCCCCAAGUGGCGAAGGUGGAGGAGGACAGCGAUGAGGACACUGAGGUCCCCUCUGACUUCAUCUCCAGGAGAGAGCUGGAGAAAGGCAGACUCACCAAAGAUGAGAUUAGGAGAAUGUCCGUAUUCAAAAACUAUGAGCCUGGAGAUCCAACAUGUCGGCUGUACGUGAAGAACAUAGCGAAGCAGGUGGAGGAGAAGGACCUGAGGUACAUCUAUGGAAGAUAUGUGGACAUGUCCUCGGAGACGGAGAGGAACAUGUUUGACGUGGUGCUGAUGAAGGAGGGCAGGAUGAAGGGGCAGGCGUUUGUCGGGCUUCCGAGCGAGACGAGCGCAGCGAAAGCUCUGAGGGACACCAACGGAUUCGUGCUGCAGGACAAGCCGCUCAUCGUGCAAUUUGCCAGGUCAGCCAGGCCGAAGGAGGCUCCCGGGGAUCCGAGCAAGACCCAGAAACGGCGAUGAGCAGAUAUUAAUGCCAAGUUACGGCCCUCUAUUGUGGCUCAGCAGGACACUGUAUCCUUCUGAGAUGACAUAUCCUUUCAAAGGACUUUUUCUACUAUCUACAAAAUUCUGAUGAUCGUAGUUCAUGUAAUGUAACUUCCCAUGCCAUAGAAGUCAGCUUUUCAGUGCCUGAAUGCUGUUGGAAAUUUUAGCCAGAUGUGUGUGUGGUGAUGUAUAUGUACCUAUAUUAAGUGUGACAAAAUCUUGUUUGACCUUGUGGGGAUGUUUUUUUGGUCCCUCCAAAGCGUAACUCAGUUUUAUAAACUCUGUGAAGGCAAUCAAAAAACUUAAAAUGCCCAAAGUCUUGUAUUUUGUUUGCUUACUUAUGGUUAAGGUUAGGGCUGGGUAGGGAUUAGGGUUAUGCCCAUAGAAAUGAAUGGAGUGACCCACAAAGAUAUAGGUAACUGUGUGUCUGUGUUGUUCUUCCGCUUAUGUGUUGAGAAACGUCUGCGAUGAGGAGGCAUCUCGUAUUAGAGCACACACACACAUGCAUGCACACUCGCUCCUGCAUCUGUGCUCUCUCUUUAAUCUACCUCAUCUCUCCCAUUCAGCUUGUCCUGCGACGACCCUGUGAAGACAGCAGCUAGAGAUGUAAAGUUUUUGUUCUUAAAUAAACCCGGUUUUCCCAA